AUGGAAGCAUGGAAUCGCUUGGAAGAUAUUUUUCAGGACAUCCAAAAUGCUCGAGCUGUCACUCUUGAGCAAGAGUUUUCUAACACUCAUAUGGAGGAUUUUCUCAAUGUCUCAGCUUACUGUCAGUGUCUUAAGAUGCUUUCUGAUCAGUUGAGAAAUGUCGGCUCCCCUGUCAACAAUCAUCGUCUGGUCCUUCAGCUGAUCUCUGGUCUCCCAGAAGCUUACCGUAAUGUUGCUACUUUGAUUCGCCAGAGCAACCCUCUUCCGGCAUUCUAUCAGGCUCGUUCCAUGAUCACUUUGGAAGAAGCCGGUAUGGCUAAGAUGGAAUACACAGGCUCUCAUGUUGUUAUGCGCACCACUCAAUCGAAACCUACUGAAGACACCUCUCAGUGUGGCAAUUGUCGUCCCGACAACCGUUCUUGCUCCCGUGGCAACCAGGGUCGCGGAGGGGGACAUGGUAACCACAGUGCACCGCAUUCUGGAGCUCCCAAUGCUCCCUCACCUUGGUCCUCUCCUCCUUGGAAACAACAACAACAACACCCAACCUGGCAACCAUGGGGUUGGACUCCACCACCAUGGACUAUGCCACUAUGUUCGUAUCCCACCUCUCAGUGGACACGCCCUGCUAGUCCUCCUAAGCAGCCAGGCAUUCUAGGACAACAUCCUCAGGUGUAUGCAACCUCUACCUCAUCUCAGAUACCGACAAACAUCCGCAAUGCAUAUCAUGUCACUCCACACUCUUGA